GCUUCUUCUUCCAUGGCGAAACUAGUAGAAGAGAUGAAUCCUGAAGGUUCACGGUACCAGAUUCUUCUCUCAUGUCCUUCUGGGCUCUCUCCGUCUCAGGUCUCGGUGGAUUUCUCGAAAUCUCAUGAUCGGGUUCCUCAUUCCGAUCCUGUUCUGGAGGAUUCUAUUUCUGAGGUUUGGGAUAAGAGAACACAGGGCAAUUCAUCUUUGUUCAAUGGCCAAAAAUUCAGGUAUGGAUCAUAUUGUCUAGAUGGUGAUGGUGGUACCAAUGAAGUGCCACACGUUUGUCUUCGUCUUGGCCUGACAGAUUACAGGACUUUUGUAGGAACAAAUUUGAGUUCUCUGUGGGAGAAGUUCAUUGUUACAUCAGAAGAUGACUCAAUGAGAUGUCGACAUACCUCUAGUCCUUUGGGUAAUGGAGCAGUUAUCGAAACUUCUGACAAGAAGGUUAUCGUGUUACACCGGAGUAAUAAUGUCGGGGAAUUUCCAGGACAUUAUGUAUUCCCUGGGGGCCAUCCAGAGCCAACAGCAGUAGGUAUUGAUUACCAUCAGCCUGAAAUAGAUGUUCAAACCAGCGAGCUUUUGAACAAGAAGGUAACCCAAGAAAUGUUUGACAGCAUUAUCUGUGAGGUUGUCGAAGAAACUGGAAUACCGGCAUCAUCACUUAGCCAGCCUCUCUUCAUCGGUAUAUCUCGCAGAGAGCUGAAUGUAAGACCAGCUAUGUUUUUCUACCUCAAGUGUAGUCAUCAUUCAGAUGACAUUCCAAGGUUAUACUCUGGCGCUGCAGACGGGUUUGAGUCAACACAGCUCCACACAGUCUCAUUGGAUGAGCUGAAGAUGAUGACAUCGAGAAUGCCAGGUUGCCAUCAUGGUGGAUUCGCUCUCUACGAACUGAUGCUUCAACAUCUCAAGAACAUAAAGGAAAGCUCUUUAACGAAGACCUUAAGAGGACAAUACUUGAACUUACACCUAGUUGUGUGAUGGUAUGGUAAUGAUCACAAAUUUUUCUUUUGUUUUUAUGCCAUUAGUAUUAGUAGAGUUUCCAGUAAUUUUUUAUAAUGAACCGCAAUAAUUUGUUAAGUACGUGAUGAUGAGCAACUAUAAUGUAA